AUGAAGGACACAAUAAGAUGUUGCAUAUCUUGCAUACUACCAUGUGGGGCACUUGAUGUGAUUCGAAUAGUUCAUGCUAAUGGAAAAGUUGAGGAGAUUAGUGGGAGUGUUAAAGCAGCUGAAAUCAUGAAGAUUUACCCUAAACAUGUUCUUAAAAAGCCAUCAUCAUCUUAUUAUUCCUCAGAAGGAGGUGGAGUUUGUCCAAGAAUUGUCAUAGUUCCUCCUGAUGCUGAACUUAAACGUGGCAAGAUUUAUUUCCUCAUGCCAAUUCCUUCUUCUUCAAGUGAAAAAAAUCGUUCAAGAUCAUCAACAACUACUACUACAACAAGGAAGAAGAAAACAAGAUCUUCAUCAUCAUCACAAUUAGGUCAUCAUGGUAAUAGUAAUAGCAAUAAUAGUAACGGUAAUAAUUUGAUGGUGUCUAAUGAUCAGUAUUUGAGUGAAAUUUUGUCGGAGAAAGUCUCAACACAAAGAGAUAGAAGAAGAGGAAGAGUUGGAGUAUGGAGACCUCAUUUAGAAAGCAUUUCUGAGGCUGCAAAUCAUGAAGCAUAG